AUGCUCUACCUCACUGAAAUCAUGCUGCUCUUCUACCAAAACUUAAGGCCUACAAAAUCCAUAGAGCCACCAAAUUCCAAGCUCUCUGGCAUUAAAUCAUGGUGUUCAAAGGUCAUUAUGUUGGAAAAGGAGUCUAAAAAAGGCCUACACGGCAUCUCAAGUCUCAGUGAAAAAGGCUCUUCUGUGUCAAGCUUCUUCAAUAAAACAACACAUAGUUCCUGUACCUCAGUGCCAGUGUCUGUGCGAAAAGGCCCCAUUUCCAGAGACUCACAGGAUACAGAGGCAGCUUUGCAGUACCAAGUGGGAGGUCUAGAGGACGAACUUGAGACAGAUGAAAGAGAUUAUGCAUUAGUAGGGGAAAAAUGUGGAUUAAGCUCAGAUUCUUCUGUGAAGAUUGAGAAGACAACUGAUGUUUUCCCUGUAAAGUGUGCAAAGACCGAAACUAUUGCAAAAGCUAGGAAUGCCAAUUUACCUGAAGGCUGUCUUGAAGGUGGCCGCUGGCGCAGCGUGUUUGUACCCACAUAUGAAAAAUGGGCAGCAUCUCAGAAAAAUCCAUGGAGCAUUGAGGACUCGAAGGCCAUUCCAGCCAUGCAAGCCAUCUGGGAUAUCAUCUUCCCAAACAUUCCAUACACAAUUACCCCCAAUAGCCCCGUAUAUUGUAUACUUGGCCAACGGGUUUCUGAAUGCAUGAUUGAAGACUUUGCUUUUUUCUACGAAGAUGUAGGGGAUAGUGCUUCAGAACACCGAGGAUUGUUUCGCUCAACGUUCAUCAUACAGACAUUUGCAUCACACCUUAAUUCUAUAUCCGGUGCUGUGGAGGUCAAAGCAUUGAGAGCAGCUGGUGUUCCAGUGAAUUCAUCUGAUAUUCAGAAGUUCCCUCCUGUAGGGGCUCUGGCCUUGUCUGCUGCUGCUGUCGAGCGUAUUUUCACAAUGUGGGCAAAAAAACAAAUCAUGUGGGAUGAAAACUCAGAGGGCAGUAAUGGUACCGCAAAUGAGGGGAAGGCAUCUUCAAAGGCACUUAUAAAGCCCAUCCCCAAGCUGAAUAAAUCAACCGGGAAGGAGACCGCUAGUCAUGCAUUAUUCUCUGAUACUAACUGGGGACAAGCGACCCACUAUUAUUGCUCAUCCAUUCAGAAACUCAAACAGGACUCUAUUGAAGACAUUGUACAAAAAGCCAAAGUGUUUGCAAGGAUUCCUAAAAGUGCAGUGUCCUCUUCUGUGGACAAUGACUCUGAAGAUCCUCAUGCUUGCCUUGUUGAUGUCUAA